AUGUACCAAAUGCAAAGUAUUUUGACAGCAUGUUUUGCUCCAGAUACUAAGAAACCACAAGACUGGUUUAGGAACCAAAGCACUAUUGAACUAUUAAAUGAAGCUGAAAAUUCGACUACGGAUUUUCUCGUAGUCGCAAAAACUCGAGUAGGUAAAAAACCGCAGUCGCCAAAACUCUAUGAAAACAGUGAAGAACAGCGAGUAAGUAAAAAACCCCAGUCGCCAAAACUCUAUGAAAAUCGUGAAAAAUUGCCAAACGGUUUGAGAGGAUAUUAUGUACAUAGACUUCUUGUAAAUGCUGUUGCAAUGUGGGCUUCGCCUCGUUAUGCUUGGUAUAUUUACAGACUUCUUGACGAAAUUCAUAGACAAGAACGUGAAGAGCUAGAGAACAAGCUUGAAGCAAAAGACAAAAGCAUUCAGAAAAGAAUACCACGUUCGGUACCAAAAGGAAAGGAAAAGAACUAUAAGUAUAUGAUUUAUACUGAAGAGAUGGAAAAUGAAGAAGAUAAAGAUAUGGUUAUGUUGCAUUUAGUCAGAAGAAACAACAAAAGCUUUUACGACCUUGCUAAGAUUUACAAAUCUGACAGAAAUUGGUUCUAUCGCGAAAACUUACCGAUUUCAAUGACCCCAAAUGAAGAUGUGAAACAAAUAGUUCAAGAUACUUUACCUCAAACACACUAUGAUAUGAAAGGUUGUACAAUACUUACAUUCAAAGAAGAUUUGCCAUUGUUAAAGGAAAAAAUAACAGAGUAUUUUGACAACUUCAAACAAGUAGGGUAG